CUUUCCCGCCCGCGUUCGCUAUAGUGUGUGCGCCAAAUUGGGCUCAAUUGGAUCCACACAACUCGUCUUGCCACCUUAAUUGCCUGCACCUCCUCCGCUGGGGACGCGCACGUCUGUCCAGUCCUCACUUCAUCGCCGAUCCUCGAGGUUUCCCCGCGGGCGAGAGUGGAAAAUUUACGCGCGACAGCAGUGCAAAAGGAGAAUCGCCGUGCCUUGAGACACUUUCCAGAGUUCAUCCUCAAUAGGAGUUAAUGAAAUAAUCAUUUUAAUAUAAAUAAUCUCUAUUAGUGCACAUUACGCAAUCAUCCGGGCGUUCUCGGGACAUUCUUUUUUUCCUCUCUUUAUCGCAAAAACCUCAGUGAUUCUAGUGCGCAAUUGCGGAUCUCGGGAAGGAAGCUAGAGGAUCUCUCGGCCCAAGGAUGGGCGAAGAAAUGGCCACAAAUACGGACACCAAGUCCGUGGACACGAGAUUCGACAAAUUCUGCCAGCGCCAUGGCAUCAAUUCCAAUCUCAUCAUGCUGAAAAUCACACUGUUCGUCAUGUAUGGAGCCACCUCCUCCCUCCUGCCGUACCUCACAAUCCACAUGCAGAGCAUCGGCUUAACUGUGGAGGAGAUCGCGAUAAUUUAUCUGGCGCUGCCGUUCACCACCUUCCUCAGUCCGCCCAUAACUGGAUUCCUCGUGGACAAAUUCGGCAAGUACAAGCCCGUGGUGGUGAUGAGUCUCCUGCUGAACGCCAUCUUCCACCACUCGCUCAUGCUCAUCCCACAGCAAGAGAUUCCUGGCGUCAUGCCGGCCGCUUAUGUGAUGCGCCAUCCGCAAACGGGAAACAUCGAAGUGUGGUGGUCACCGUGUCCGAGUCGCGAGUGUCCGGAAGAGGAGGAAAUCGACAUUGUGGUGGAUCAGUGCCUCGACCAUUGUGUUCUCCUUGAGCAAAAUCCCCGCAUUGAAAUCUUGCCAAGGCCCACAAACUCACCUCUGCGUGAUGAUGGCGAUCCAGUGGACGAUCUCAAUUUUCAUCUGAGCAAGAAGAAGAGCAACGGCGUCAGCACACAGAAAUCCUCCACAGUACUUAGCACGGAAGACAUUACCACGCCUCAGUACACAACUCCUCUGCCCACGGGAAGCAGCAAUGAAUCCCAGGAGAACGAUGACUGGGUAACACGUGAUAGUUCUGCCUUCUUCCUCUUGGACAUGCACCCCGAUCUGGGCGACCCAAUAGAGCAACUGGGGAUGGAAGUGGAGCAGGAUGAUAACGACACAGUCACUGGCUUCAAGCACCGCUUCGGAGAGAAGCUCUUGUGGGACUCUGGCGUGAAUGUGACCGCCCUGGAAGAGGAGGAUCUUCGCUGUGGAGGACUUGUGAUUGACUCCAACAUGUCCAGCACCUAUAAUCUGCGCCUCAGCGAAUUGGCGGCCGAUUGUAUGGUGCAGAAGUGCAACUUCCGCCAUGGAGGACCAGACAUUUGUCCGCCCGACUACAAAGAGAGCGACGAUAAGAUUUUCUGGAUCUACUUCCUGCUCCGCUUCCUGGCCACAACCAUGCUGUCUGCAGGAGUGACCAUUAUGGAUCCCAUUGCCCUCACGAUGAUUGAGAAGUACGGUGGAGAUUUUGGACGUGAGCGGCUCUUCUCCAGCAUCGGUAUGGCAAUCUUCUCUCCCAUCACUGGCAUCCUCAUUGACUACACAUCACGUGGACUCGGCUACACCGACUACUCUGCCGCUUUCUACACAUACGACCUCCUGCUGAUCAUCUCCACAAUCACAGUUUUGCUGAUGCCACUGGGUGAGAAAUUGCCAGCUGACAAUGUAUUCAGGGAUCUCUGGAAUCUCCUCAAGCUUCCUCACGUUAUGAUAUUCAUCGUGUUCCUCUUCAUGUUGGGUAACUACUGGGGCUUCAUCGAGAGUUUCCUCUUCCUGUAUCUGAAAGAACUCGGAGCGCCCAAUUAUUUGUUGGGAAUCACCAUCACUGUGGGCACUGUGAGCAGCAUCCCAUUCCUCUACGGAGCUGAGAAGAUCACCAAAUGCGUGGGCCAUGUGAAUCUCAUCAUCGUAGCGUUCUUUUCUCAUGCUUGUCGGCUCGUUGGUUACUCCUUCAUAGAGAAUGCCUGGUGGUGUUUCCCAUUCGAAGCAAUGGAGGCUCUCUCUUGCCAUCUCAUGUGGGUGGCUGCUGCUACAUACUGUGCCAUCAUCUCGCCAAAGAAUCUCCUGGCAACGCUGAUCGGAGUGCUGGGAAUGGCUCACUUUUCUUUGGGACGUGGCAGUGGAUCCUUCUUCGGUGGCCUUCUGAUAGGCCACGUGGGCACCCGCGAUGCUUUCCGCUACAUGGGCUUGAUGGCAGUGGUUGGAGGAAUAAUAUAUGGUCUUCUGCACAUGAUAUGGCUGCGUAAAUUCGACCAGGAUGCCCAGUUCAAGGAUCAGCUGAAAUGCGAAGAGAACGGUGAAGGCGAGAGACUGACGGAGCCCAAGACGAAGGAUCAGGGCACGACCAUGUCCCAGGAGCGUCUCUCCCUCAUGAUCAAGUUUAACCAGAUCGGAAGUCUCACGUCCCUGCCACGUGGCUCUAAGGUGGAUCUUCCGGAUUCUCUGUCUCAUCGCCGAAGCAGUUACAAUAUUGAGUUCGUGAAGACAACCAAAAGUGGCGGUAGUGCUUCGAAAGUGGAUUUACUCAAAUCAGCCCUGGAGAUCAAUCACAGAUCGUCUAACACUUCGGUGCCUAGUAGGAAGAACAACACAUCCAAUCAAUCGCUGAAUCGGAAGAGAGCCGAUAGUGCACCCAAACUUAAUCCCAACAACUCCAAAUCAACGCCACACAAUUCUGGAAUCAUCGAGACGGAAGCCAUCCCGGAGGAGAGUGCCAACCAGCGGAGGAACGUGUACGCACCCGGAGACACCAGCAUUGCCGAGGAAUCCCUUAGUGAAGUGGUCGUUCCCAAUUCCGGCGUGUGUUGUACUUGCAAUCGGAAAACUUAACAGCCCAUUGAAGUCCCCAGCGACUCAGCCCCCAAUUAAGUUAUUUAAUAGACAAUUUAUCCUAAUGAAAGUUGUGUAAAUUUUAUCGCUAUUCCUACAAAUAAACAAGUGGUGAAUUUUAGGACUACAAGCA